CGUCCGCGUGCUAAAGACGUCGAGUCCAGAUCAUCAUCUUCGGUCAGCUCUUUCGAAGGCGGCUGAUAUGGGGCGAAUUUUAACCCAUGACCCGCACGCGAGCUUCGCCUCAAGGCUUCUUGACAUUAGAUAUUAAGAAGUGAUGCGUGGGGCAAGUAGCAGCGAGGUCCACACGUUCGUGUUUAACCCCCUCGUUGCUGCAAAGCACUCAGCCCAAGACGUCCACUGCUCGCAGUUACCUCUGCACCAUGCCUCCUGCGCUGCGCUCUUGUAUCUUAACGGCAAAUGUGGGGCGGCGCACAGGAAUAGCUCGACUCGCGCCGCUUCCCCCGCUCGCUCGCGCACACCAUUGCCCUCCAGGGCAACAGUCUCUCCUGGACCCAGCCAACCAGUCCAAGACGGGCGAGCAGCCCGCAUACGGUCCCAUAGGCGUGGCAGCGGCGCUACACCACUCGACAAACGAUCCCGCACCGUCUCCCACACUCUUUCGGCACGAGUUUUCGCUCGCCGACCGCGUCGCGCUCGUCUCGGGCGGGCAUCGUGGGCUCGGACUCGAGAUGGCGCUGGCGCUCAUCGAGGCGGGCGCGCGCGCCGUGUACUGCGUCGACCUGCCCAAGGAGCCUUCGGACGAGUGGCAGAAGGUGCGCGAAUACGCGGCACACAUGACGAACAAGGGCGGCGAGGGACGUCUCGAGUACGUCAGCGGCAACGUCACGGACCAGGCAGCGAUGUGGAAGGUUGGGCGAGAUAUAGGCGACAAGGAGGGCCGAAUGGACGCGUGUAUCGCUGCUGCAGGCGUCCUGAAAUCUCACACGGACUGUCUCGAGUACCCUGCGGCGCAAUUUAGGGAGGUUAUGGACGUCAAUGUGAACGGCGUCUUGUUUACCGCGCAAGCGGCGGGACGACAGAUGGCACGCUUCGGAAAUGGAGGCAGCAUAGUCCUCGUCGCGAGCAUGAGCGGCUCUGUCACGAACAAGGACCAUGCUUGGGUAUCGUACAACACGUCGAAAUCUGCUGUUUUGCAGAUGGCGCGCAGCAUGGCAUGUGAGCUGGGCCCAAAGCAGAUCCGGGUGAACACUCUUAGCCCCGGUUACAUCUACACCAACUUGACCGCAGCAUACCUUGACACGCAGCCUCAUCUACUAGAAAAAUGGGCGAGCCUGAAUCCAGUGGGCCGAAUUGGGCGGCCAGACGAACUUCGCGGCGUCAUUACCUGGCUGACGAGCGAUGCGAGCACGUUCUGCACGGGCAGCGACAUCCUCGUCAGUGGUGGUCAUCAUUCGUGGUGAUGCAUGUGGGCUCCAGCAACAGCUUCCAAAUCGUGUACCAAUAUUGCCAUUUGCUGUUGACUCAGAUUCUAGGACAGGUUGUCACCAAUCCAUGAGCUGACGCAGUGCUUGUCGUUGUUGAGAUAUCGUCAUGAUGGUGGAGCGGGUGAGUUGAGUGAUGGUACUGGUCAAGAAAAGCUGUGGCGGUUACUGUCUGUCCGCCAACGAGAAACGCCGCGCGGCGUCUAAGUAGCAG